GCUCCCCCUCAUCGACCAACAGCGAGAUCCCUCCUCAUAGUUGGCGACUUGGGAUGUUUGGGAUUGUGGAAAAGGGUUGUAUGUGUAUAUGAAUGGAUGAAUAAUGAUAUGGUGACUUGGGUUUUUGUAGAAUAUGGCUUAUCUCUCAUAUUUUUUUUCAACGUUUAAUCUCGCCUAGGCAACGACUAAUCGGCCUGGGCGCUGGGCGGUGCCUCUUCGCCUAGAUAGCGCCUAGCGUCUUCUUGAACAUUGCGAACAUCACAUGGAGAAGGUGCAAAAGGAAAUGCCUUAAUGUUCCUGACUACGGAAGAAUUUCGAUUUCUGGAGUAUCUGAAGGCAGCAAAAGUCCCCUUGAAUGAGUACACAUUCAAUAAAAAAAAGAAGCUAGAAAAAGUUCAGACUUGCCUGGAGAAAUGGGUGGCUGGGAACCAUUUCUUGAACAUGUCGGCAAAGGAAGCUUACCGAUCUUACAUCUUGGCAUACAACUCACACUCCAUGAAAGAUGUCUUCAAUGUCCACUGCCUCGACCUACAGGCGGUUGCAAAGUCAUUUGGCUUCUCUGGGCCACCAAAGGUAACCUGAACAUCGACAGCAGUGCCUCCAAGUUUAGAAAGACCAACAGCAAGUCAGCAACAAGAAGAAGAAAGGUAGCUUCAGCUACAGAAAUCCUUAUGGACGAUCAAGCCAUGAUAAGCAGAAGUUCAUAAGAUACUAGGUGCUGGGAGAGGCCAAGAAGCUUCCCCUCCAAAGUUUUGCAGCAGAUUUUGAUAUUUAAAGAAGUUUGCCAAAUUUCCAUCUUUCCUUCCAGUUUGAGAUACUCUUUUCCCUCCGCAGCAGAAGUUCUAUGCAACUCAUGAAGCUGCCGAAUCCUGAUAACUGUUAAACGACAUUGUUUCAGCGUCCAUUAAUUUAAAUUUUUUUCGGUCUAUUGACGAUGAAUAUAUGACACGACGAAGAAGACAAGAGUAACUGUAAUAAUGAAAGUAACUAGUCGAA